AUGUCGGUUCCCAAUCUCAUCACCUGCGAGGUCGAUGGCAUGCAGUAUCUGCUGCACCCCCAAGUUCUGGGAAGUACAGAAGCACCGAUCAAAGCCGACCAAGUGAUUCCCGUGCUCCUCCUGACCGAAGAAGAGCUCAACGGCACACCGGAUCAAAUCGGCCAGCUUCUCCAGUACUACGUCGAGACAGACGAUGUAUGCUCGCCCACUUUCACUGACAUCCUAGUCGAGAAGCCAUCGAAGGACAGCAGUAGAAACCUAUUCAUGGAGAAAAAGGAUGACAGCUCUUACCCGUCCAAAGCAACAUAUCGCCUACAAAAGACAAUCCUUCCAAUAUCCAGCAUAGACAACCCCGAAGCCCAAGAUGACGAUAAUCUCCCCUCAGGCCCCUACUUCCUCAGCGGCCCAAACCUCCAUCAAGCCUACCGCUUAUACCCCGAUACCCAGGACGCCUUCGUCUACGGCAUGAUCCCCAACGACGUCCACAACCCCUCCGGUUUCCAAGCAGUCUCCUUCCUGGCUUCAGACAGCAUGUCCAAAACGAUUCCCGUUCCCAGCCGGCACUACACCCGCCUCACAACCCGCGGACAAAAAAGACCAAGUCCAAUCCGGGGAAAACGUAUAACCCUAACAGACGGUCUCUCCCUCCUAGGCACACAAACCACACUCUCUUGCAAAGCCUACGUGGACACCUACCCGCCCGCCACGGAGACUGAUGCUUAUGUUCAGAGGCUGCUAGAAGAGGGAGCGCAGUCAAGCGGCAGCAACGUGAAAAAGAUCCUUUAUCUGGACUAUAUCAAGGACGAGAAAUCGGAAUACGCAAUGGAUGUAUUCGUCAAUGCACUCGAACGCCAUUUGAACGUGGAUAGGACGACUAUCAAUCUCGAUGAAGAGUGGGAGAAGUACCGGGUUAAGAGUGGCAUAGAUUUCUUUCUCAGUAAGACCGCACGAUUUCUAUACCAGCUAAGCCACUACCACGAAUACGCCAAUUUCCGAAAAGACUACCAAGCAAAAUUCCAUUUCAGCCGCGGGAUUGUUGAUCUUGAGGCGCAGGUUCUUUGGUCCUCAGCCCGUGACCACGGUUCUCUGGACGGAUGUUUGUGUUUGAGGAUCACGCAAAACCCCGGUGAAUGGCUCGGUGAUGAACAGACUUAUUCGCCUGUCGUUGCGUCGGUGAUUGGACCACGAAUGACCGACACAUCCCUUAUCACCCUCGUCACCCAAGCCCUCACAACAUCAGGUUUCCCGACCUCAGUCCAGCCAGGGCCCUUGUGCUUUCCGCUUCCUUCUUCUGCGGACGCCACCACCGCCAUGGCUGCUGCCGACAGCGACGACAAGAACAACGACGGGAAUGAUGAGAAUGGACCCACCGCAGUCGAACUUCAAGGAAGAGCUGCUACAAAGCUUCAUCCUCAUGAGAUGUGGUUGUAUUCGGAGGAGGUUGAAGAAGAAGAUGAUGAGAAAAUAGCCACGGUGACUUUAGCGCAGGGGAAAAAAUUGAAGGGUGCUGAGGAUAGCUGGAAUGGGGAGACUUUGGCGAAGAGUUCGUUGGAUAUUAAAGUUGAUUUGCGGGGGCUGAAGGAGUAA